AUUUCGACCCGGGACAGGAUCUACAUGUACCAGAAAACAGCUUCAUUAUUACCAAGACAGCUCCUUCAAGAAGAAACACAGCUAAAAGAUGUUACACAACAUAUUUUUGCUUUUUGUGGGUCUGCUGUCAUUGGAACAUGUGUCCUUUGCAGAGGUUCCUUCUUCACAAAUAGUAAAUAUCACAGAAACAAGAGAGUAUGCUGAGAGGAUGCAGAACUUUACCAGGACAAAUUUUGAGCACUUGGAGAAAGUGAGGAACAGAUCCAUUCGUGUUGCAAGGAGCUGUAAAGACCUCAGGGACAGAUAUGAUGAACGAGAAGAUGGAGUAUACUACCUGACAACAGGUAAUGGCAUGCUGUACCAGACUUACUGUGACAUGACCACAGCUGGAGGCGGAUGGACGCUGGUGGCGAGCGUCCAUGAGAACAGCGUUUAUGGAAGGUGCACUGUGGGUGAUCGCUGGUCCAGCCAGCAGGGCAACAAUGCUGACCUGCCAGAUGGAGACGGGAACUGGUCCAACAGAAACACCUUUGGAACAGUAGAGAGCGCCACUGCUGAUGACUUUAAGAAUCCAGGUUACUAUGAUAUAACAGCUGAGGACAUGUCUGUGUGGCACAUUCCCAACAAGUUGCCGCUGGAGCACUGGAACCAGGAAGCUGCAGCCGUCCUCCGCUACCACACUGAAAACCGCUUCCUCAGACUGUAUGGAGGAAAUCUCUUUCAGCUCUUCAAGCAAUAUCCAGUGAGAUACAAUGUUGGGUCAUGCGGUGAGAGAGGGCCAGCUAUUCCCAUCGUAUACGACCACGGGGAUAAGGAGUCCACCAGAAUGUUGUAUGGACCCAAUUCAAGAAACGAAUUUGAACCAGGCUUCAUCACAUUCAGAGCAAUAAACAAUGAACGUGCCGCCAUGGCUAUCUGCUCUGGUGUCAAGCCAACUGUUGGUUACAACACUGAACAUUACUGUAUAGGAGGAGGAGGAUAUUUCCACCCUGAGCAGUGUGGGGACUUCCCAUCAUUUGACUACGACAGACUGGGUGGGAUGCAAGGCUGGAGCACCUCCAGAGAGAUGACUGAGGCUGCUGUCUUACUGUUUUACCGCUGA